CUUGAAUCGGGGAGAAUCGCAAACAGAUCUCAGCAUCUUCACAAUCUCGAAAUUCGAACGUUGAAAACGCUUGGGGCGCACAGCGAUCAGAAAGGCAGGCGAACGGAGUCGUGGAAGAGUCCACAGCCGAGUGGGCCAGCGAGACACACGACGCAGGGACACUAAUUCGUGCAUCCCUGCCGGUGGACAGUUUUUGGGAGAGAAAGAGAGAGAGAAGGAGAGAGAGCGCAGAGAGGCCAGAAUUCUGGCAACAGGAGAAACUCGUUGGUGCUCCCAACAAUCUCACCUUAACGUCCCUUUCUAGCUUCGCCGCUUCGGUUUCCAGGCUUUGCGAUCGCUCACCCUACGGUGCUCCAUUCAAACCACAGAAAAACUCCUUCCGGCGCGCAGAACAGCGUUCGCCAGCGUUACCACGAUGCCUUCCAUGUGGCUUACCGACAUGCAGAAAAUAGGUGUCGCCUUCUGCUCCGGAGGCGGGUUCUUCCUUCUCGGCGGCGUCAUGCUCUUCUUCGACCGCGCAAUGCUGGCCAUGGGCAACAUCCUCUUCCUCAUCGGCCUGACCCUCAUCAUCGGCAUGCAGAAGACACUGGCCUUCUUCGCGCGUCGCCAGAAGCUCAAGGGAACCGCCGCCUUUGCCCUCGGCAUCUUCAUGAUUCUCAUGCGCUGGCCCUUGAUUGGCUUUUGCGUCGAGCUCUACGGCAUCUUCGUCCUGUUCGGCGACUUCUUCGCGACGAUCGCUGGCUUUGCGUACAACAUCCCCGUCGUGGGCCCGUAUAUUGCAAAAGCGCUGGAGACAAUCAGUGGCACGAGAAGGGGAAGCGAGCUACCCGUGUAGAAGGACUGCACGACGAGUGGAAUCAUUCCGAUCCUGCUUUUUGCCUGAGCGUUUUUUGGAAUCGGCGUUUACGCGGUUUGUAUCAAUAGAGGACUGUCAAUUGCCGGGAAUGGCUUGCGGACGUACAUGCAUCUUAUGGGAGCACAGGGCAGAAAUGUGGCACGAUGCACGUUGUGGGAUUUUGAGAUUCAGUUUUUUGCCUCCUAUUGAGGUAUCUAUGGAGAAGGCCGCCUUAUUCUUUUUCUCAAUGCUCUGCAAAUGCUGCUGGAGGUAUCAUGUAUUACGACAAAAACUUUUUUCUUUUCACUCGCGCACAAACAAACUGGCCAUGCCCAUACCUGCGCGAGGCGUUAGUCAUUGGCAGAAUAAAAUGGAUUUUUG